AUGUCGGCGACAGUACCGGUCGGACCUGCGGCGGCACCGUCAGCGUCGGCAGCCCCAGCCCUGUUGCAACAGCCUUUGGUGGACGAUGCUGAUUUGCCUUUGUCUUCCACAGGAGCGAGAGCGAGGCAGGAGGCUCUGCACGCUGCGGACGCCGCUGCAACGGAGGCCGACACCAUCCGCAUUCAAGACAAGAUGGACAAGCUGAAGCCGGAACAACUUGAUAGUGUAGAAAACCAUCUGCGCAAGGAACCGGCAGGGCCCUCGACGUACGCCUUCUUCAUCCAGAAAUUGGCGGCUGCCUGGGACACUCAAGACAAGAGCUCGGGGAUUGAUCGUCUUCGCAGUUUUGGCGUAUCCAACGGCGAGACUUACGGAGAUUACAUUCGUCGCGAUAAGGCUCUGGGCAUGACCGUCAUGGUUUCCCACCACGCGUUUAAGCCUUCGGAUGCGCAAGUGCAGAUAGCUGUUCGAGACUCCAUGUUGAAGCAGUUUCCGGUAGUGUCUGGGCAGGUGUACAAGGAUGAGCAGCUCUCCAUGAAAGCUCCUUUUGGGCGACAUGCUUUGUGUCUGGAUUAUAUGUGGGAUGCGUUGGACAAGCGUGCGUUCGCGCACACGCCGGCGGUGCAUGGAAAUGAUUUCUUUUCGGUAUCUUCCACGAAUGCUAGGAGUUUGUCUGCUGUUUCGCGUGCUGUAGCUUCUUCGGCGUUGCGUUCGACGGUGACCCCUUCGUGGAGCCAAGGUUCUUCGGCCGCCGUGAUGAGUGUUGACCAUCUACCUAAUGAUGAUCGCGACCCUUUUCUGUUGCACUACAGUGACUGGCCGUUGCAAGGACACUAG